AUGCGGGGAGGAUCUUUCGGAUCCGGAGAGGCUGCGUUGGGCAGGCAAGCCUCUUGUCGUGCGAAGCUGCCAACAAAUUCGCCCGAUAUUAUCGUCAAGCACACUAUCAACGUUAACGACCCGGCCUGUAUACUUGUCCAACAUAAAGAUGAUCGUCGCCGCCAAUUUAACAGUCUCGUGCGUCGAUACAAGCACCAGAUUCUCUACGGAUGCGAAAACCCUGAAUGCAGGACACCCACUUGUUUGAGCUUUCAGAGACGAGCGACGGAUGGGCCGUUUCGACAGUAUACCGAUCUAAGUGCACGCACAUUGGCUUGCUACUUGGCAAGUCAGGAUAACGCGGAAAAGGGAUUAUGUCGCAACCCGCCCAAACAGUCGAGUGAAUUUACGCCAACGAACACACCCCAGAUUUACAAGAAUUCCAAGAAUGGCAAUAUCGAAACAGGGCAAGUCUCGGGCUAUUCUGGCCGUGACACUCACCCUGAGUCACAACAACCUCUGGUUUCCACGAGCGGUUCUUCUAGAGCGCGGAGUGACCUCACCGAGACAUAUGACCAGGACUCGGUGUUUUCUACGUCUUCAAAGACAAAAGAUCCCAAAUCUUUCACACAAAAUCUGUUCGAUACUUUGUCUCUGCGAAUGGUUGAAUGGCUGCCAUUGCGCCAAACGACUACGGAAACACACCACUGCGCGAGUCCAACGAUACACGGAAGACGAAAAACCCAGUCAUAUACAGUAGGAAGUGAAGGAAAUGAUAAAUCUGGCUUGGACGACCAAAAUGUUAGACAACGAGUACAUACACAUUCCGUCAGCAAUACAACGACAAACGAAGUACAUACACCCGCAAACCGCCAAAGACGAGUUCAACAUCCUGCAUUAGAGUUACGAGUAUCUGGUCAACCUUUAAAGCGCGUGUCUCUUGAGCAAACAGAGCCGUGGCUGUCGACACCACGGCCUGGACCAGAGGGUAAACCGAAAACUGGUCGAAUUUCAACCUCAAAGUCCACGCCGUCAAAAAAUAUAUCCCAACAAAAGUUUAUCCCUCCGCCCGCUCUGAAACAUCAUUCACGGAAGAAAGAUCACCAAGCUCCUGAUGCCCACAAAAAAACAGCAAACCUACGGAGAGUUUCUUGGGAUGGAACAAAAUACUCGAAGGAGUCACCUCAUGCUCUGCAGAAAAACAAUGAAAUGGUCAAGCCACAAAGUGUUUUGGACGAUGUAUCUCCUCAAGCUACUCCAGUUCACGAUUUACAGAAUGAAAACUACAAAUCGGACGUGACAUCUACAGUCCAAACUGUCAGCCAUCUAUCUGUUGACAUAGUUGAUGGUUUAUACCAACUUCUAGCUGGAAACGAAGAGGACGCCCGAAGAUGGAAAGAAGAAGUUGACAACAUGAACACUCAAGGAAGAUCUGAAAAUUACAAAUGGCGAUACUCUUCACGUCGUCAACGCGAAGUCUAUCCUUUUGUCGCCCAGUCUGUAUUUUAUGGACUGAGCAACAAUCAACAGUUACUGCAGUCAUUUCGACGGAUCUCUUCCUUGUCACAAGGAGAGGAAGCAUCUAAAGAAAGUCGCACCAUUGACCUCCACGCCUUAGAAUCCACGCUCCGAAAACUUCAUGAGAUAUGCCCAGGUGACUUGAUCCUCAAUAGUUUAUGGAAUUCUUUGGAGCGGUUGUUUGUGCCACCCGAAAACCUCCCUAUCCAGCUCCGCAGCAACCGACGAGUUUCCCAAUACCUAACAGGAAAUCGAUCACCCGUAACACCUCGACCACCCCUAUCGACUUUGGAAGAACCAUUGUCUGAUAUGGAUGCGGCUCAUACGCUCACUGUUGUCUUCUUCGUGUUGAUAACCUUUCUUCCCAAGGUCGACCCGCAAACCUGGCGCGGCAUUCAGCAAGUGCGUGAAGCAGGGACAGUUUUGCCUAGCGCCGAAAUGCAGAAACUACCUCUUCAUAGGUCGAAUAUGCUUGUGGACGUUACAGAUAGACUAGAGAAUGACAUGGCGCUUCGACUUGUUCAGCGCCUAGUUCGUGCUCUCACAGCUCGGUUAGCAUUCACCAAUAUAUCGAAGACCAGAUCCAGCCCCGUGGCAGACGUCAAACUACAGCGAACUCCCAGCGUUCUAGAUCUGUUAUUUGACAAUCUUUGCGAACAUCACAAGUCCUCGCAGGAAAUUGUGGAACAGAAUAAGCCGUCUUCAGCUAUGCAGAGUCCUGUUAGAGCAGCCGUGGUCGUCGAAUGGCUCCGUACAUUGUUUCUCAAAGAAUGGGACGGCAAACCCGAAAUAACGAGAUCUGGGGCUGCAGGAGGAGCCGUUCAAAUCCUCUCAUCCAUGUAUAGGGACAGAACCCGACUUGGACUGGGACCAGAAGAUUUCCACACUGCCUUUUUGUCAGAAAGACUAGAUGCGAUGGAAAUGCCAGUGGAAUGGCUUGGUCGGGUUUCCAGCGGUAACCGAAAAAUGCAUCUCCUCUCAUUCACGUUUCUCUUUCCACCAUCUGCGCUUGUGAAAUACUUCCGGGCUAUCAACUACACGGCCAUGUCCAAGGCGUACGAGGCAGGAAUGAUUUCUCAACGACAGGCAAGCCAGACAGCCUUUAACCGCACCAUACAGAUUGCAGAUGAAAUCAGCCUGUUGGCCCGGCUACACACCUCGAUGACGCAAUACUUUGUUGUUUCAGUCCGACGAAACCAUGUAUUGGUUGAUGCGUUCAAUCAAAUAUGGCGUCGUGAAAGACGGGAGCUAAUGCGUCCGCUCAAAGUCAAGAUGGGCAUGGAUUUGGGAGAAGAGGGAGUCGAUUUGGGUGGCGUACAGCAAGAAUUCAUGACGUUGGUCUUUUCAGAGGCGCUUGAUAUUGUUCAUGGAAUGUUUACUGUGGAUCCUAGCACUCACAUGGCGUGGUUUCAGCCAUGUUCCUUUGAGCGAUUAGAACACUUUGAACUGGUCGGCAUCCUGAUGUCAUUGGCCAUUUACAAUGGUCUUACGCUACCUGUUACGUUUCCCGCGGCCUUUUAUCGCAAACUUCUGGGCCUCAAAAUCAAGCGCAUCGACCACAUCCGUGAUGGCUGGCCGGACCUAGCAAAGGGACUAGAUAGUCUACUGACAUGGACUGAUGGGGACGUUGGGGAUAUCUUUAUGAGAAGCUAUGAGUUUAGUUUUGAGGCUUUUGGCACAGUCAAGGCAGUAGAUAUGGGUCGUGUUGGCCGAGACGCAGACUGGCCAAGUCCCUCGGUGCUAAAUCGGGAGCGAACACGAAGCAAUACUUCUGAGUCUAUUGUUUCUGAGAAAGGCUCUGAUAUUCAAAAUCGCUCUUCUGACAAAGAUGAUUCUCAACCAUUGCAACCCAACGUGGACACGGUUGAUGGUGAUAUUUCGUCCACUGACCAAGCCCUGGAAGAGCCCGAGCUCGUAACUAAUGAGAAUCGGGACCAGUACGUCAAAGACUACCUGUUCUGGCUAACCGACAAAUCGAUACGACCUCAAUACGAAGCAUUUGCACGGGGUUUCUUUACUUGCCUGGAUCGCUCGUCGUUGUCGAUAUUUACUCCGGAAUCCCUGAGAACACUUGUCGAGGGUAUCCAGGAGAUUGAUAUGGAUGAGCUCCAACGCUGCGCCACCUACGACGGAGGCUGGGACGCAAGCCAUUCACUGAUUGCAGCUUUUUGGGAUAUCGUCAAGCUGUACUCGCGGGAACAGAAAGCCCGGCUUCUGGAAUUUGUGACGGCGAGCGAUCGCAUACCGGUUAAUGGCAUCUCGAGCAUCAACUUUGUUAUCCAGAGGAACGGGUCGGGAGACGAUCGCCUUCCAACGAGUUAUACCUGCUACGGCCGGCUGCUGUUACCGGAAUAUACGAGCUCUCAGGCAUUGGCGAAGAACCUCGACAUGGCGUUGAAGAAUUCUCGUGGGUUUGGUAACUUUUAA